UCAUAUCGAUACAUGAUAUCUCUAAUCCGCCGGAUGAAGUAGUCUGUAACAAUUGGAUUUUCCGGAAAUUCCUUGAAACAAAAUAAAUUAUUGUUCCUUUCAUUUCCAGCGUUUACUUUAGUUUACAAUACACUAUCGUGAGACACCGGUGAGGAAAACUUUCGAAAAGAAACCCAUGUUUUUGGAAAUGUCAUUGGGAUGAUUGUUUAUCCACCAUUUUGUUUUGCUGUCGUUCUCACAGUUUUUCCUGGCACCGUGGCCUAUUUUACAAUGAACUAAAUUGACUCAAAUUUGAAAAAAUCGUCGAAUCUGACGAUACUCUGUGCUUCGAGAGGACAUUGUUUUUUUCCAGAUUUGAAUCAGAUUUCAUUCCUUAAUGAAUGUUCUCGUCAUGAGCAUUUGUGAAAUCUCGCCUCGAGUUCUGACCCAACUUUCCUGACUUCUUUAAUCAAAUGGCGAUUACUAGAUAAAACGAACAGUUUUCGCGUCAUUCGCCACAAUGUCAGGUCAGAGUGGAGGGCAUCGUUUAAGGUUGUCCAAGCUCAACGACCAGCUGACGUGCAAAUUAUGCGGUGGAUAUUUUAUUGAUGCCACUACCAUUAUAGAGUGCUUGCAUUCGUUUUGCAGAAGCUGCAUCGUAAAGUAUCUGGAGAACAAUAAAUAUUGUCCGAUAUGUGAGGUACAAGUGCACAAAAGUAAACCGCUGCUUAACAUUCGUCCGGACCACACAUUGCAGGACAUUGUGUAUAAAUUGGUGCCUGGAUGCUACCAAAAUGAGAUGCGAUGUCGGAGAGAGUUUUAUUCUAAACAUCCUGAUGCAUGUGCUCAAACAACAUCUCCCGAAGCAAGAGGAGAACCUACAGAAUCGCAUAUAUAUUCACCGGACGAGUCUCUCAGUUUAUCGUUAGAAUACUUUAGUCCAUCCAAGGAUGUUAAAGAAAUAACUGUGAAACCCUUUUUGAAGAGAUACCUUCGUUGUCCUGCUGCGGUCACAAUUUUUCAUCUACAGAAACUUAUAAGAGCUAAGUAUGGGUUAACCGAUGCACACAGGGUAGAUGUUAUGUAUAAAGAAGAACCACUACACGGUAGUUAUACAUUAAUGGAUGUGAUGUACAUUUACCAUUGGAGGCGGAAAGUGCCAUUGCAUUUAAGUUACAGGAUAUUCGAAUCUUCUCCUAAACGAAUAAAACUUUCUGAAGACAAUGUCAAUUACAAAACAUCCUUGCUUCACGCUGGAAUCAAUCCUAUUGAUUCGGAAGAAGAAAAAUCAAUGAAAAGAGAAUGGAAAGAGGUACAGUUAAAAAUCUCUGAAACUGGAAUAAUGAGUAUUACCGACAUAUCGGAUCAAGAAUUUAAGAAAAAUACAAAAACUGAAGAGUCUGUUGCAAAUAUUGACACAGUGAAUACACUGUCUAUGCAGGACAGUGCUAACGGAAAUAAUAGGUCAGAAACUGGUCAAAAUAACGAGCAACCUUCAAAUAAGCAAAUCCCUGAUGAAAUUAAUGUAUCCUCUAACACAACUGAAUUUGAUAAUGCGAAGAACACUAAUCAGAUAGAAGUUGAAAAGAUUUCGAUAGAGGAAGGGGAAAGCGUUAAAACCGAGGAAAAGGGGAAGGAUGAGGCGGAUAAUAACAAUAUCGAUAAUAAAACGACUUUACAAAGUAAUGUGCAAUCUCAGGAAACAACACAAUGUGUAGACGAGAGUGCGACCAGAUGCAAUGUUACUGACGAUAAGAACAAGAAGGAAUCGUCAAAAAAUAACAACAACACCAUUAUUGUAGAAAAGAAAACGGAAACUCUUAAUCAUCAUUCAAAAAAUGAAGCCAAGCUUGUAAAUACGGGAUCAAAAAUCAAUGCUUUAAGUGUAAAAUUACAAUUUCAACCGAAAAUGGGACAAAUUAAUAAUAAUAAUAGUUCUUCGAAGAAGACCGUGAAAGAUAGGAAGGCGAUGCCGCAAGUAUCGAAAAAGGUGGACGCGAAAGCUGCCGAAAGUUUGAAAUCUGUAGAUUUAAAAUGUUCUUUUGAUACUUCGAAAACGCAAGUCACACAAGCGAACAGUUGCGGAGUAGCAGUAAGUAAAACAUCAGCCCCGUGCUCUACAAAAAUGAUGUCACCUAAGCCAGCUUCCGAGUCGGAGGAGAUUAUGAAACCUACCGUUUCAACGCACGCGGCGACCACGACUAAUUCCGAGCUGGAAGAAGCAAAAUCGAAUUUGCAAAAUGUGCAAUCAGUUAAUCAACAGCGAUCUUUCCUUCAGGAACAGAAUGUUUCAGAGAAGAAGACAUGUUCGUUAGAUCAAAGUUCCGUAGAGUCCGCUCAAAGAAUUAGUGGGCAGGCGAUUACGAUUCCUCAAAAAUCACCGUACACGCAAACCGAAACAUUCACAAAUGAAAAUCUCGCUACCCUUAAUCUCACCGCCUCCCUGUCUGGAUCCGUUGGGAAUGGAAUCAAUAAUACAUCCGCACCGACGAUAAGUCAAAGUACACAUACGUUUUCGUAUACCGUUCAGGAUUUGGUAAACAGUACAAUGUUAAAAAACUCCCUGAAAAGUUUAGCAACAUCGACGGCUCAAAAAUUAUCUGUCUCCACAAUUCCAGACAAUACAAUAACCACAUCCACGAUACCGGAAAAUCCGACUAUAUUUACCAUGUCAUCUAUGAGCAUUUCUUCUUCUUUGAAAAACAGUUAUCCGACGUCAGUGAUGAGUUCUUCGAAGGAUUCGCCGUUAAAGACGAACGUAGAAAUAACCAACGUGUAUUCUGCACCUCCUUGUCCGGAUGCCAUUCCAAUUUCUUUAAUGAAACCGACGAUUCGCAAAAACGAGUUGAUCACAAAGGGUUCGAAUUUGAACGAAAUCUGUGCGAAAAUCGGAGCCUCGGGUUCGAAGAUCAACGACAUCUGCGCCAAGAUCGGCGAGAACUCUAAAGAGAAGAAUAAAACGGAAACGAGAAGUAAAUCCGACAUUCCAGAUUUAUUGAAGAUUGGAAGGAAAGGUAGCUCCUCGUCGAUCACCGGUGAUUCCGCUAAACAACAGAACGUCGGGAACAUUUCGAAUCUACCCACUUACACUCACAGCGGCAACAUGAUGACAACGGAAAAUAAGAAUAUAUAUUCUAACGUGAAAGACGGGCAUAGAGCCACUUCGUUAGUGUCGGCUUCUCCGAUGACGUCGUCGCAUUCGAUACAAAAGGUUUCUUCUACUUCUAAGAAACAAACUCAAGCAGUAGGGUACAAGACUCUUCGUGAUCCUCCAAGAUGCUGGAACCCCACGUUCUCCAAAAACAAUUACGUAGCAGUUAAAAAUCAAAGUAAGGAAACGCAAAGUCAAUUACAUCAAACUACACUCUCUGAAAGGAGUAAAACAAUUCAGUCUAAACCAGCUAAGAUAUUUAAAAUGAGAAACAUGCCAAGGUAUUUGGGCAAUCCUGCUUCCGGAGUAAAACCGAUGUAUGGAAUUGGUAAUGACAGUAAAGAGAAAGAACAGUCGACAAUGACACCGACGUCGACAACAAACACUUCUAGUAGUUCAAAAAAUGGGAAUUUAAGUAUGAUGAAGAUAGACCCUAAGACUCUGUCUCCAAUUGUUUCUACGAUUAAUUCACCCAUCGUUUCACCACCCCCGUACUCUCCAAGCGCAAGAAAUUAUCCAAAUACUCCAUUCUCACGGGACAUCUGUAGGAGUACUGGUUCACCGAUAUCUCCUAAGAAUUCGCCAGUGAACAUGCUUUCGACAAGCCCUUUCAUACCUUCUCCAACACCAAAUAUGAAUCCUAGGUUAAUCUAUCCACAUUUCCCGCCGCCGUUCCCAGACGCAACGAGGUUUCCGAACCCUUUGAUCCGAUCGCCAAUAGGAAUUCCAUCUCCCAGUGCCUUCCACAGUAGUUUGCCUCCUUCGAUCAAUAAGUUGUAUCAGCGAUCCAGUUACGUACCGCAGACCACUGGGUUCUCUCCAGUUUCUCAGCCCCCGACUGUUCAAAGAAUACCACCGAGUACCUACUCUUCGCCUAAAUCACCUAAAACUACCUCCUUAACGGCAAUCUCACCUGCAUCGUAUGGUCUAGCCAAAACCGAGACGCAAAUAGUCGCAACAACAUCCCUCGAGACUAAUAAUUUACUUCUUCUAGAGCAAGAAGACCUUAGUGCAUUCAAUCUGUCUAAGACUGGAAGUUUUAGCAAUACAGAGAAUGUGAAAGCACCGUCAGAAGUAGUUCGGAAUUCGAAAUCAACCGUGCUUCCUCCGGUCUCGAGCGUCGGCCCGGCUAAGAACACGCUAAUUAGCGCUUCAAAGAGUAAGCCGGAAAGCUCUCAAGUAGGAUCCGGGUACGAUCAGGCGAAGGAGCAACCGCAAGAGGGGUCAGUAGGGUGCAACGAAGAGAAUUCUUAUCAUCCUAAAGUGCAACAACAACAACAACAACAACAACAACAACAACAACAACAACACUCGGAGAAGAAGCGACCCGACGAGAACAGUGAUAAUGUAAAUAAGAAACGGGGGGAGAAGUCGGUUUCUCAGAUGAACGGAAGCCUCGCUAACAAAAACAGUGACGAUGGGCCAGUAGAGAAACGCGCGGAGCAGCAGAACGAGCAGAACGAAACGCAGCCGGUCCAGAUCUCGGAGAGUAGUGCCGAGAAACAGCAGCACGAG